AUGGAUCCUACUCAUGGCCCAAUUCAUAUUGAUGACCAAAUUGAAUCAAUCGAACCACUAUACAAGCCGCCAACAAUAACACACUCUUUAAAUGCUGCAUUAUACUCGUCAAAGCUAAAUGUGUUAUUGAUAUUUGUUCCACUCGGAUUUUUGGCUCAUUUUCUUGAAUGGAAUAGUGCUACAAUUUUCAUAUUAAAUUUUCUAGGUUUGAUACCACUAGCAAACUUGCUUGGGUUUGUUACUGAAGAUAUUGCAAACCGAUGUGGUCAGGCUGUAGGAGGUCUACUAAAUGCAACUUUUGGUAAUGCCGAAGAAUUGAUAAUUGCCGUUUUAGCAUUAAUGCGAGGCGAAAUUCGUAUAGUUCAAGCGUCGAUGUUAGGCUCUAUAAUUUCCAACCUUUUGUUAGUCUUAGGAUCAUGUUUCAUUGCUGGUGGAUAUAAACAUAAAGAACAAGAUUUUAAUAAAAAAGCUGCUCAAACGAAUUCAGGUUUACUGGCAAUAGCUUGCAUUGGAUUGGUUAUACCUGCAGCAUUUCAUUUCGAGGGUAGUUAUCAAGAUGAUAAUGCAAAUAGAGACAACUUACAGCAUGAUCAGGAUCUGAACUUGAGCCGUGGAAUUGCGUUGGUGUUGUUGGUUAUUUAUGUGCUUUUUUUGUAUUUUCAGUUAAAAACUCAUGCUUACCUCUACCGUGAAGAAGAAUCAGAAGAUCCAGAACUAUCUUUUGGAGCAUCUAUAUUUUUACUAAGUUUCAUUACAAUAAUUAUUACUUUUUCUUCUGAUUUCCUUAUUGAUUCUAUUGAAGGAAUCGUCGAUUUGGGGUUAAAUAAAACUUUUGUUGGGUUAAUUUUGUUACCAAUCGUUGGUAAUGCUGCUGAGCAUGCGUCAGCAAUUAAAGUAGCAAUGAAAAAUAAGAUGGAUCUGGCUAUUAGUAUUGCUGUUGGUAGCUCAACG